GAAAACCCAAUUGCAUGCUUCGCAAGCAGGUCCUACAAAGCAACAAUUAUAUUCUUACUGAUAUAGUAAAAUCAAAUCUCUCUUUUGCAUAUCACAAAUAUCAAAUUUUGAAUACAAAAGCAAUAAAGUAUAAAGUCCAAUAUCGAUGACUACUCCAUACUCCAUAGGGCAAAGAGAUACCAAUCAAUCCUCCGAACGCGUGGCCGCACCACACUCGCCCGUGGAAAUAACCUCUCACCAACAUCCACCGACAUUUUUCACUCCACACCAUCAACCCUCAACUGUCACCACCACUCUCCUCUACCAGACCCAAUCCCAUAUACAAAAGCACUGCAGAAAAACAUGUUCGACCUCCCCAGCGCAAAGCGCAUCCGUCGCGAAGAACUCCUAUCCCGAACAUCCACCUCACCCUCACCCUCCCCACCCCCGGAAUCCUCCCUGACAGACGUGCACCAACGUCUCGGCGCCCUCCUAAACAUCGACUCCCUUCUCGCGCCCCCAUCCAACGACAACCCACCACCACAACCCACCACCUCCAACCCAGCCGAAGACGAAGAAGAAGAACAAGAAUUCGAAUUCCGACUAUUCAGCGCCCCCGCCAAAUCCUCAUCCAAAAACGAAGACCAAGCAUCAGCAGCCGUCGACCCAUCUAGCACAACUCAAGCCCAGAAACUACGUAUUCGGGUACGUUCGCCGACACCCGGCGCUGUAGGCGUGGAAGAUGGACGCUUUGUGAAUCCGUUUCGAGGAUGGGGGUAUUAUUUCUCUGCGCCGGGGAUGAUGGCCGGGGAGAAGGAGAAGGUGCAGGAGGAGGAAGAGAGGUUGAGGGAGAAGAGGAGACAGUUUGAGGAUGUGGCUGUUUCGGGGGUGCAGGUUGUGGGGUUUUCGGGGGUUUCGUGGCCUGGGUGCCAUUUGCCCUGGAGGGUUGUUACGUUGAAGAGUGAGAAGAAGAGUAAAGGUGCGGCGGUGACGUGCGCGAGGGAUCCCGCGGAACGGGCGCCGACGUCGUUGAAGAAGCCUGGCAAGAAGCGCCGGAUUCAGUUGCGGAAGCGGGUUUCGGCUGCGGAGGAGAGGAAGAAGAAAGAGGAGGAGAAGAAGUUGUUGGAGGCGGAGAAGCGGAAUCGGAAGAAUCGUGAGAAGAAGAUUAAGCGCAGGCAGAAGGCGAGAGAGGAGAAGGCUGCUAAGGCUGCUGCUGGUGGUGGUGGUGAGGCUCCGGCUGGUCAGAUGGAUGUGGAUGUGUCUUCGGAUGAGGGUAGUGAUUGAGGGAGUUGGUUAUCUUAUUGAGUGUAUGUAUGUUCUUCUAGCUUAGUUUCGGCUUAUGAUACCCAG